UCCCAUGUAGAGAAAACUUCUGUAAACCUCAGUUAUUCUGUAGUUAGUCUCUCUGACCAGAAUUUAUAGUGUAAUAAGUUUUGUUUUUUUUGUUUUUUUUAAUCUGGGCGUAAUUAAUUUUCAAAGAAUCACGCGUAAACGGUGCGUAAUUGUUUUUGCAAUUCCCACGAUGGAUGUAUGUGAAGUGCGCAAUGGCACUAAAUGAGGUUAUGCGCCUCACAAGAAGGAUAUGGGAGCAUUUCCACUAAGAUGCCGGUAUCUGCGCUGCACACUGAGCUGAGUGGAAAUUUCAGUGGAAGUAUUAGUGGGAGAAACGCUUCCUGUAACCGCGUAUCGCACUGAUAAAUGGAGUAACGGAAAAGGAGGGGGGGGGAAAGAGCGCACAAAGAACUACACAGCGGUCAAGUGAUCGUCAACUCAAGUGGACUUUCUGCAGCGGGACUGCAAAUAAUGUGUCGUAUUACUACAGAAACGGCGGAGUAAGUAACCCACAUGGGACAGGUCAUCACGUCCGAGAGACUGAAUAAAAAGUGAGCUUUACUUCAGGGCGACUGAGCUGGAGGAGACGCACACGGGACUUGGAGCAGCGGAUCCUUCGGUUGUUUUAUCCACUCUUCCCAUUCGGCUGCUACUAUAAGAGGAUGACCACAGAUGUUAAGUGAAUACUCCUAUCACCUCCGAAUUUCUAUUUUUCCGAUAUUAAAGGACGUUAUUUCAGUCUUGGACACUAGUUUUUAGUUUUAAGUCAAUUUCAACACCUCCUGUUUUGAAUUUUUCUUCAUUGUUGGAUGCUCGACAGGAAUUCAACCAGUGUCUGAAGAUAAAGUGUCCGGUUGAAGUUUGCCAAAAGGAGUCAAGGGGGGGAAGAGUUCACUUUUUUUUUUUUUUUUUUUUUUCUUUUGCCAUUCCACGGGAGCUAUGAGCGGACUGCGUAAACAUUUCACCAUGGGACUGGUGCUACUGAUGUGCACGCUUACCAGCCACUGCGAGUGCGCGCCCUCAGCUGCGCCAGUGGCGUCCGGCAGAGACGCGCAGGACUACAGGCGGAUGAUCGAGGUGGUGAAACACGUGGAGGAAAGCCGGAGUCGCAGCAGCAGCAGCGCAAAAACAGAAUCCCCGUUAACGUCACGGGCGAGGACUUCUGCGGUGGAGCCGAGGGAUUUACGCAGCGUGAAAACAGACCGAGUGGAUCAGGGUAACGUAUUUCCAAAAAAUCUUAAAAAGAAGGGGAAGUUUCUCCAGCAUAUUGCAGGUCCACUCUACUUCAGUCACAAGUGCAGGAAGCAUGCAUAUAGACUCUACCACCACACAAGAGACUGCACAAUACCAGCAUACUUCAAAAGAUGUGCACGGCUUCUCACACGGUUAGCUGGCAGUCCUCAGUGCACAGAGGGGUAGCACCCACAAGGUUGAAGCCAAACACACGAGUUGUCCAAAAGAAAAAACUUGGAGAAAAAAGUGCCUUGGACAGUAAGAGGGAAGCCUAAAAUACUCUGUGACCAGCCCCGACUGAUAUUAGGCACAGUAUUGUCCUUCAGAAGAGUCUGUUCUGCUAAGGCGUGGAUUACAGCCACCCACUGCUCUGGCUGGGCCUCGAUGGUUGGCUGUCACCACGAGGGAGCAACCAGGCAACAAAACCAGACCAAGAUGUAGACGGGGAAACCGAAGAAGAAAAUAAGUGGAGAAGAAACAAGUGGCUGAGAGAAAAAAAAACAAACAAAAAAACAACAACAUGGGGCCUUUUUUCCUGCUGGCAUCCAAAAAAAUGUUUCGGAAAACAAAAAGGGAUUGCAUAGUUUUAUUUUGUUCGUUUCUUUAAGAAAAGAGCAAAAUCCAAAUGUACUAUUUUGAGUAUGGGCGUGACAGGCCCUCUGCAAUUGGUUGCUCUGUCUGAUGCCCAUCCCUUCUACUGCACUACCUAUUUCACCGACAAAAAAAAAAGAAAAAAAACAAACUCUCACAGACCCCCCUCCCCAGAA